UUCAUCAAUAACACACAAAGUGUUUGUCUAAACUCUAAACACCUAAUCCGCUGAAUCGCUGAUAUCAGAAAAUAUAUACAAUCGGCUGGCCGCUUUCCUUCAAUCCCAGAAUACUCCCAAAGUUUAGAUUUUUCCAUAUAAACACCCAAAGGCUCAAAAAUGAAUGAAAAAACGGAUCUAUGAUAAACAAACUCAAUUCGGCUCCAAUGCAAUUCGGUUUCCGGGCCUUCAGUACAUGGUGUAUUGCCCUAAGGAAUGCUGAAUCUCCUGAAAGAGCCUUGAGGAUAUACAGGAAGAUGCAACGGUUAGGAGUUCCGUCUGACAGCUUCGCCAUUCUUUUCACUCUCAAGUCUUCUACGCUGCUUCAAAACUUGGGCAUUAUACGUCACCUCCAUGCCCAUAUCAUCAAAGAAGGGUUCUGCUCCCAUAUCUACGUUGCCACAGCUUUGCUCAAUGCUUACGCUGUCUCUUGCUUCCGCGGUGCAUAUAAUCUGUUCGAUGAAAUGCCAAUAAAGAAUACCAUCACGUGGAACACCAUGAUCAAGGCAUGCUCUAGCUGUGGCUAUAUAGAUGAAGCGCGUGAAGUGUUUGAUAAAAUGCCUCUGAAAGACCUUGCCUCAUGGUCAGCAAUAAUUGCAGCUUAUAUGAACAACCGAAGGUGGAGAGAAGGGUUAGCUAUCUUCCGGGAGAUGGUGAUCACUGCUAAUGAUUUAAAGCCUGAUGAAAUAACAUUGGGCCCAGUAUUGGCAGGUUGUUGCCAUAUGGGUUCAAUAGGGUUGCUUUUGGGGAAAAUGUUGCAUGGUUUUGCAAUAAGAAAUGAGUGGGAAAUGAAUGCCAACUUUGGAUCCUGUUUGGUUGACAUGUAUUCGAAAUGCGGGGUCUUAAAGAAUGCUUGCUUGAUUUUCGAUUCAAUGAGAGACAGAAAUGUCGUAGCUUGGACGUCUUUGAUAUGUGGUGCAGCGAAUAAUGGUUUUGGAAUUGAAGCGCUAGAGAUAUUCAGGAAGAUGAAUGAGGCUGGUGUGAGGCCUAAUGAAGUAACAUUCACAGGUGUGCUUAGUGCUUGUGCUCAAACGGCAUUAGUGGAAGAGGGCCGCCGAUAUUUUAGAAUGAUGAAAGAAGAGUAUGGGUUGUCGCGUAGCAUUCAACACUACGGAUGUAUGGUUGACUUGUUCGGAAAGGCGGGACUACUGGAGGAAGCGUAUGAGGUCAUCAAUUCAAUGAGUUUUGAACCCAACGUUAUAAUCUGGGGUUCAUUCCUGUCUUCAUGUAAACUACAUAAACAAUUUGAGAUGGGCGAUAGGGUCAUUGAGAGGGUAAUGAAGACUGUGAGUCCAGAGAAUGAUGGAGGGGUUUACUCUCUUAUUUCUGAUUUAUAUGUUUUGAGUGGCCGAUUGGGACAAUCAGAAAGGGUAAGGGAGUUGAUGCUCAAUGACAAUGUUAGAAAAGCUAGAGGUUCUAGUUUUAUCAGAAGUGGAACCACAUAGCCAGGCUAUUGUCCUUAAAAUUUCAGUUGGUUUUGCAGUCAAGUAUGAUCUCAUGUCCACAACCAGAAGCUUUGCUGAUGCGAGUUAUUGAUUAUAUGCUGUCUCAACAGGAUUAAAUAGUGUGAUAUUUGGAAAAUUCUCUCAAUUAUGGCAGUAAUAUGAUCUGAAAUCCCAAGCUCCAUUGUCUUGAUUCAAAGAGAAGAGGUAGAAGAAGCCCUGGUCAAUUAUGUGGUAUGUCAUUGAGAUGGCGGUGUUGGUUGAGCAGUUGCAGCGGUGGAGUUGUUGCGGCUAAAGAGAAGCUGGUGCAGCGUGGAGCAGGUGGAGGGAGAUGAGCUGCGUCUCUAAGCAUGUGGAGGAGAUGGUCUGGCGGUCUGGUCCGAAGCUUGAGAAGCCUAGAGGUAAAGGGCUAGUAGAAUCAGGUAGAUUUAGCUUUGGCUUAAAUAUGUUGAAAAAACUAGGUGUAUACGUUUUUGGUACAUUUUUGUGUGCAUCCUUUAUUUUGCUUGUGUACAGACUACAGAUGCAGCUAGUUUAAAAACUCAGAAGUUGUCCAUGCGUACAAACAAGUGUAAACCUAAAAAUUGCUCAAAUUUGUUUCUAGUGCUUUUAAAUAUAGUGAUACCAGUUCUUGAUUUA